UAUCAUAUGCCUCGACAUCCAUAACCUCGUGAUCCACUCGCAACUGUUCCCGCAUUCGACACUUGAGAAGGCAAUAACGACGGUCGCGGGGUAUAUAGUAGUACUUCCGUCGCUGGAGAUUUCGAUCCCAAAAAAAAAUAGCCACAAUUAGCACGAAUGUCAUCGAGGAGUAAGUAGUACUAGUCUCAACAAGUCGUGUUGCUCACAGAGCCAACUUGGACGAGAACGAGGAGGAUCGAAAACAUACAAACACUCUCCAUGCUCACGAGUUACCGCCAGUGCUGGUCUGUCUCUGAUGCGAAAACUCGAGGACCUUCGAGGCCCUUGUUGCGUCGCCCUUUUGCUCGGGACGAUGGGGCAGAAGUUCAUCCUAGCAGCUCUUAUUUCCUUGCCAAUGCCUGUGCGUAGAGACAUCAAAGGGAAAUGCUAUACGCUCAGAACUACAAACAUCUCCAUUACGCGCGUCCUUGGGCCUGGUUUCACUCCAACCGUAACGGUAUUGCAAUAUACCACUCCCUUGACAAGUUCGCGCAUCCAUCGCCGGCAUUCCAAGUCGUCAGAUGCCUUUCUCACCGAUCCGCUUUCUCGGCCUGGGUUAGAGUAUAUUCGACCUCAUUCACGAAUCGCAGCCUCCGUCACGGGCUUCGUCAUUUUCAAGGCCUAUCCUCUACUUAUUUCCUGUCAUUUCGUCGCUGUUACGAAGAAGACGGAAGGAACGGAGCUAACUUUCAUACCUUAGACAAGGUCGAAAGCAGACACACCCUCCCCAGUGAACUCCUUUGCGCAGCCCUCCCGAGAUAAUGGAG